AUGAGCGGACAUGGCACAGCUGACAACAAGUGGGAUAGUCCAGACUUUGCGCCGUAUCGCAACGCCUUCCCUGAGCCAGCAGCGUCUUCACGGCCAGUUUUCGAGGCCCACGUUGCGGACCUUGUCAAGCGUGAUGUCAAGGUCUCAUACCUCAAGGCCUUGCAAGGCUACCUCUGGCUAGCAGGCUAUGAAUCAGGGGAGAUCAAAGCCCCUCUCUUUCCAGACGUCUCUCUGAGCAUGCGGGCCUGGCACGAUGCUGGCAUCAAGCUCAUAAUCUACUCGUCCGGUUCGGUUCCUGCGCAGAAGCUUCUCUUUGGGCAUACCAAUGCCCAACCGCCCAACUUAAUUCCCAUCAUUUCGGACUGGUUCGACACGGUCAACGCCGGGAUGAAGAUGGAAUCUAGCAGCUAUACGAGCAUUCUCUCCAGAUAUCCCGACACUCAACCCCAGGAAUGGCUUUUCUUGAGCGACAACGUGGAUGAAGUUACCGCCGCACGAGCAGCUGGAAUGCACAGUCUUGUCGUGGUGCGUCCGGGCAACGCCCCGCUACCGGAAUGCCAUGUGGGUGAGGGCCAGGCCGUUCGAACCUUUGAGGGCCUGGCCGUCGGUGGGAAGCGAAACGAAUCUUCGUAG